ACGUCAUCACCAGCCUCAGUGAUCAUCAGUCGUGCUCAGUGCCGCCUCAGACUCUACUGUAAAACACAUGCUGAAGGACUACUCUGAGAGGAAGCACAGAAACUGGAACUUUUUAGUCCUUUUCUGCAAAACUAAACCACAAGACAAAAGGAUUUCUCCUCAGGAAGUUGCAAACAUUCUUGUUUUAUUGUUUCCUGCUGUUGCAAAGAUUCAACAGUGAUCAGAGCAGGAUGGAUGUUAGUUGGAUGUUUUUCCUGGUCCUGGUCACGCUGAACAAGCUGCUCAUGGUGGAAACUCAUGAUGAAGAAAACUACCAGGAGCCUCUGAACCAUCGAGGCGAACAUCCAGAAACACGGAACUGGAUCACUACGGCCCAGUACGAAUGUUUUCAACGAAUCAUGAAAGAAUCUCACCGCAAAACGAAAAAAACAGGGUUGGAGUGCAACACGACGUGGGACGGCUGGCUGUGCUGGGACGAAACAGAGGCCGGAGUGACAACAGAGCAAAGCUGUCCAGACUAUUAUAAAAAUUUUGAUCCUCAUGCGAUGGCGUCCAAAGUCUGCUCAGAGACGGGUGAGUGGGGCCGACACCCAGAGAGCAACAGGACGUGGACCGACUUCACAAACUGCCAAGCUAAUACAACACAUCAUGGGACGGUUGCUAUGACUCACUUCUACCUGGUGAUGAUCGGCCACGGCCUGUCGCUGAUUUCACUCCUCAUAUCACUCGCUAUAUUCUUCCAUUUUAAGAGUCUGAGCUGUCAGAGGAUAACACUCCACAAAAACCUCUUCCUCUCAUUCGUGCUCAACUCGAUCAUCACCAUCGUCUGGCUCACGAUGGUCGUAAAGAAACACGGACACAUGUACAACGAUUCUGGCAGCUGUAAACUGCUCAUGUUCAUCCAUUUGUACCUGCUGAGCUGUAACUACUUCUGGAUGCUGUGUGAGGGGAUCUACCUGCACACGCUGAUCGUGGUCGCCGUCUUCACAGAGAAGCAGCACCUCAUGUGGUAUUACCUGCUGGGCUGGGGUUUUCCACUCAUACCAGCAGUUAUUCAUUCAAUCGCACGCUACUGCUACUACAAUGACAAAUGUUGGGUGAGCUCAGAUACCUCCCUGCUGUACAUCAUCCAUGGACCAAUUUGUGCUGCUCUGGUGGUGAAUCUCUUCUUCCUGCUAAACAUCGUCCGCGUCCUCAUCACCAAGCUGAGGGUGACGCACCAGGCCGAGUCGAGCCUGUACAUGCGGGCGGUGCGAGCCACGCUCAUCCUCAUCCCUCUGCUCGGCAUCCAGUUUGUCCUGCUGCCCUACAAACCCCAUGACCAACGGGUGUCUGAGAUCUACCUGUACGUCAUGGAGAUCCUCAUGCACUACCAGGGUCUCCUGGUUUCGACAAUAUUUUGCUUCUUCAAUGGAGAGGUCCAGACUGUUCUGCGUAGACACUGGAAUCAGCAGCGGAUGCAGUUCGCCGGCACCUUCGCCAACGCCGACUUCUUCCGCUCAGCCUCCUACGUGGCGUCAUCCCUCACAGAGGUCCAUCGCUGCUACAGCAUCGAAAGCCACACGGAGCACAUGAACGGCAAGAGCUACUCUGACAUUUUCAGAUCGGACAGCCCUUUUGUGUGAACGCGGACCGAGACGUUCUGCUCUCAUUGUGUUUUUGACUUUCUCCAAGAUGUCACGAAAAUUGAUGAAGAAGUUUCCUUGGAGUAUUGCUGCCAGGAACUGGGAACAAACUUUCUGUCUUUUGAUGUUUUUCUAUCCGUCACCUGAGGACACACCAUACUUUCUUUUUGUCCUUUUAUUUUCCCAAAAAUAUGACCUUAAAAGAGGAGGGUGUGGUGGAGGACACUGCAAAGUUUUACCUUAAGGAAAUACCGCUAUUUCUGAUCUUGUGGAACGAGAAGAUUUCUGGAUUUUUUUUAAGGAUAUUGAUGCAACAAGUAUGAAGUAAAGUGUCUGAAAAAAUCACUGGAAAAAGCACUUCAUUUUAUAGUUUUGGACACAUAAGUCUGACAGAACUUCUUUGGCAAAAGAGCCAAAAGCAGUUCCAGUGGCUUAAUGUUAGCCCCUCUUGCUAGAUCUAAUAAUAAAGAGACGUCACUGCAACCAGGAGGCAAACAGAGUGAAAGAUAAAAAAUGUGAAAGAGACAAUGAACAGCGAUGGAAGACAUACAGUAUGUUUUUAUGUGGUUGAAAACAGAAAUACAGUCACAAAUCAACAGCUAGCCUGCUAAGCAAAAUAUUCUUGACUCAGAGUCUAGUUUCGAUGGAUCCCUGUGACAGUUUUUUAUUCAGGGCUCCAGACUGCCCCUAAAUGGUCACAUUUUGCCCCUAAAAUUUGAGACAGUGCAAGUAAAUUUUUCAUCUACUCGCGCAUGUGCGACCAGUAAAUUUGCUGAUUUUUAAAAUUAUUAUUAAAUAUUUUUUGUUGCUGACAAACUUCUGCUCCACACUUCAGCCCAGUUGUUGGUGAUAAUGCACAAAUGAGCUGGUUUGCCAACCGACAUUAACUCCAAAAGAAGAAGGCAUAUCUGCCUCAAGGCUUAGCUUAAAUCCGUCAUGUAUCCAUAUAUGCUGUGGUAUAAGCUGGGACAUCGCGCUGUGGCGCACGGCGUGCUGUGUUUCACACGGAUGGUUAUUUGUGUGGCACAAUGUAUUUGUUUUUACUGUUAUUAUAACGUAACAUGCAGUAAACAUGCGCUGCGCUGUGUGAAAAUCAUGAGUGAAGAGAAAGAAGACGAUGCAUUCAUUUUGACCAACACUCGUCCUGCUGCGUUUUUACACAUUCACUGGCUGUGAAAUAAUGACAGAUGCGGCUUUAUGCUAACACUGUAGCGCUAUUUUAUCGUAAAAAAGUUUAAAAUAAAGAAAAACAGUAUCCUACGGAGAUUGAAGAGCCUUUAACAGAUGAAAGUGUGCAAAACUCUGAGAUUACGAGCAGCCUGCACCACGCGCUCAUACAAGAUAGCGGUCAGUUUAUGUCUGCAGACUUCAGGGGAUUUUAUAAACUUCACUGAAGAGAGACACGCUUCAUUAUUCAGGCCUUGCUCAGGUGCUUUCUCCCUCUCCCUCUCUCUUCUGCGUGCGCACGUCAUGCAUUUAAUUAACGGUUUAAAAUUCAGCCCUUGCACAUCUUUGUUUCAGCGUAUUUUUUUUUUUUUAAAUCCUUUGGCACCCCGAAGCACUUCAUAAAACUACAUUUUGAUGAGUAGAUGCCAGUUAAAUAGAAACGUUAUUGCUACUAACAGUGACUGAGACAGAGAGAGCAAAGAGGUCAGAGUUGAGAUGCAGCUUUACCCUAAAACCUGUUCCCAAGUCCAGAUAUGGUGUUUAAAAAGUCAUGGUGGAUUAAACAAAAAUGUGGUUGCAAAAAUUAAAAGUAAACACCCUUUGAGAAAUAGAUCAAAUUUCUGGAAUGUAAAAGUCCAGCUUCCAGAAAUCAUCAUACCAUUGUGUGGAUAAUGGAGAUUUAUUUCUUGCUAAUGUGAAAUAUUACACUAAUGCUUGAAGUAGAGGAAGUUAAAAUAGUUAAGUGUCUCUUUACCUUAAUGACAAAGUGAAAAAUAAAAGUAAACUACAGUAUAAGAAAUAAAGAAUAAACAGCCAGAAUUUCCUGGAAGAUAAUCCCUAAACCUCAAUUAUGGCAUAAUCUAAUGGAAUUAUUUAACUUCCUUUCCUUUCAACUUUAAUAAAUGUAAAUUGCCAUCAACCUUUUAAUACCUAUUUUUAACAUACAAGUAGUUCAUUUAAGGGACCCACCAUAUUUUAUCAUUUGUCUGGUACUAUUUCUCUUAAAAAAAAAGCAAAAGGGAUUGAUAGAAGAUAGAAGAAUUGAUAGAGUACUCGAUUACAAAAAGACGUGAUAACUGCAGCCCUAAUACCCACAACAUGCAGUGAACACAAAAUUUGCUAACACUGGCACUACACAAUUAAAACACAACACUUUGAGCAAACACAAUGCCAGUCAGAAACAUAAAAUGUGUAUUUAUCAGUGAAAAUUAAAAUUAUUUCGCAAGUCGAUUUACCGUGUGCGCCCCUAAAUUUUCUGCUUGCACCCCUAAAAUUUUAAGUUAGGGGCCACUGUGCUCCUAGUAAAAAAAGUUAGUCUGGAGCCCUGUUAUUAAUGUAAUAUUCCCUUCAGCUAUGUUAAAGGGUUUUCACAUCACUUUGUGUGAAAACAGUGGUAUCUUUGUAGGCUCGCUGUGAUUAUUUUUAGAAACAUAUUUUUAGAUUAUUCCAAAAUGCUGGAGAGAUGAUUAUGAGGUCGCCACUAGAGGUUAGAUUCUCUGCUCAAGCCUGAACCCUGCCUCAUAGCCAAGGAUACCCAUCACUCCCCUCGGGCCCAGAACCUGUUGGCCUAAAGGGGAAUCUUAGUAAAAUAAUUUUCAGGUUUAAAUCUGGCUUAAUGGAACGGGUUUGGGGUUUGUCUUGUGGUUGUGCAUGAAUAUGACAUACAUAAGUCCAUAAUAAUAAAUACUGUGUUCAGACAGACUUACUGUAUUUGUAUAUAUUUCAAUCUCAAUAGAAAAUCUUAGCUGCAUCACUUUUCAUAUUUCUCCACAAACUACAGCCAGUAAUUUAAAAGUGACAAACUAAAUGAUCUGAGAUUGCGCUGUUGGGGUCCAGGAACCAGAUUCAGCAGGAACUGAGUCGUAUUUUUCACUGGUUUGACACAUUAAAGUGGUGUAUAUUAUCGAUAGCACUAUUUCUACAUAAACUAUAAAGUUCAGUAUAAUUCUACGACUUUUGUAUAGAUUAAGUCUUCCACCUAAAGUUAGAGAUAAGAGGGGAUUUCCUGUUUAACUCUAUGAGAAAUGAAGAGCUGCUGGUCUCAGCCUUCUUAGACUAGUUUCAAAUCAGUCAUCAGAAGUAUUAACAUGCUGUAAAUGUUUAUAUCCCCCGAAGUACAUUUUAAAUUAUACAUAUAAAGGAACAGUCCAGCUGUCUUAAUGAUAGUGAAAUGAGUUUACUCUCAUAUGCUUGCUGAACGUAUGUUAAACCAAAAAGUAUGAUCUAGAAGAAGGGGGCCAGUUUACUUAGCUCUGUCUUAAAGCAACAAAACCCAUCAAAAAGUUUAAAGCUCCCUUGUGAGCAUUUAUGUACAGCACUGAACUCUUAAAGUAGGCUGCUUUUUAAAAGGUUACACUGGACUUUGCCUUUCUUUGGUUGAGGUAUUAAUGCAGAGAGGUAAACAAUAGUAGAAAUAUACUUAUUUUAGCAAAUAAAUAAUUGUAUGUAUUUUUAAAUCUUGUCAGGAGGGGACAGGAAGAUUGACACAACUGUUUUGUCUGCACAAUAAAUAUAGAGCUAGAGCCAGUUAGCGUAGCAUAAAUUACGUCUAGAAAUAAGGGAAAGAGCUAGCUUGGCUCUAAAGCCGCUAAUUCAUUUGUUGUUGGUUUAGUCUGGAUUUUAGUAUUAGCAUUUACCAUUUCAAGCUAGCCUAGCUAACACAGCUGAGCUGGGCUAGCUGUCUUUCACCUUUUUUAAGUCGUUUUAAGCUAGGCUAAACAGCUACUUUCUUUAACGUUUUCACAAACCAAAAAAAUGAGUGGUGACAAAGCAAAUGAGAGUGUUUCCUUAGAUAGAGGGCUAUUUAAAAAAAGAUGAAAUUUGACAUCUGUUUUAUAAAUAAAUGCACCAAAUAUCAAUAAUAGUAGACUUUUGUUCAUUUUAGCAGUGGAAGAACAAGAAUAUUUAGACCACAAACAAGGAUAAAAAGCUACUUUGGCUCUAAAGCUAGCCAAAUACCUUGUUGUUGGUUUUAUCUUGAUUUCAGUCUUAGCAUUUACCAUUUCUAGCUAGCCUAGCAAACAUAGCUAAACCUAGCUAAUCUAGCUGAGCCAGGAGCUGUUUCUCACUGUUUUUAAGAAUUUGUUCUAAGCUAGCCUCAACAGCUACUUUAACAUAUUUACAAACCAAAAAGAGGAGUGGUAACAAACCAAAUGGGACAGUUUCCUUAGAUACAAGUCUAUUUAAAAAAUAGUCUGACAUCUAUUUAUAAAGACAUGCACCAAAUGUCAAUAAUAGUAGUCAAUAAUGUCAAUAAUUAUUUUAGAAGUGGAAAAACAAUAAUAUUUAAACCACAAACAAGGCUAAACAGCAACUUGGUUUAUACUGGUUAGCAUUCCCAACUAGCCCACUGUGCUGUUCCCGCCUUUUUCAAUUCUUUGUGUUAAGCUAGGCUAAACAGCCACUUUCUUAAACGUCAUUUAACAGAAGAGUGCUAUCAAAGCAAAUAAGACUUUUCCUAAGACACAAGAUCAUCAGGAAAAAAUCUCACUUUGAUUACAUAUCUGUAUUAUUAAAAUCACCAAAUAUCAAUUACAAUAUAGUUUACACUAGCAGAGACAAAAAGAAGAUAUUCUGACUAGAAACAAGGUUAAACAGUUAGGUUGGCUCUAAAGCUAACCAAUUAAUUUGUUGUUUAUUCUGGUUAGCAUUCCCAGCUAGCAGGAAACAGCCAGGCUAGCUGUUUCCCGCUUUUUUUCAAUUCUUUGUGCUUAGCUAGGUUAAUAGCUACUUUCUUUAACAUGAUUUGUAGCAACAAAUAGAAGAGUGCUACAAAAAAAAUUUGACUGUUUCUUCAGAUGAAAACCUUCUUUUUAAGAAACUUAGGCCCUUUUUUUCAGUUGUUUAGCUUUUCUGGUAAGUUAGGCUUGUGACCUGGUAGCUUUACUUUGAAGUGAGAUUCAAUUUAGACAAAUAUAUUUUUAAAGAAAAUUAACCCUGCUUUAAAUUAGCAUACAUUUUUCUAAAGUAGUGUGCAGACCAUAAAUAAUAAUAAAAGGGGUUUCUGUUGGUGUUUUAUAAUGAAAAUGGAAGAUAAUCAGCUUUCCUGGAGCUUUCUGUAGCUCUAGUUGUCAGCCAUAUGUCACUGGUUUCUAUGAGCUGAACUUUCUCACGUUGCAUCAUUGUAAGUGGAUAGUGUGCAGAUUUCUGGUCAAAAGAUCUGCUAAAAAAGCUAGAUAUUGAACCUUGGAAUUAUGCCUCCAUUUUUCCCCAUUACAAGAGAAGAUCUUAAUGUGAGAAAAUUAUACAUAUGAUGAACAGAUGUGUUUUUGAGGAUUACUGCCAUCAUAGUCUGAAUCUAAUUUUCACUUUUGUAUCAUUGCUUCGACUUGUAAAUCCCACCAGUGUUUGUUUGUACUGACGUGAUGACGCUGUAAAUAAAAACAAGCUGUUUUUAACUGA